AUGACCCAAAAUAAGGUAAAAUUUUUAAUCUCAGGGCUUUAAUUCUUGAUUGCCUAUUUAUUUAAGUUUUUUUAAAUUGAAUUAAUUUAGGAAAGAAUUAUUGUUACCAUUUUAUUGAUAUUAAUAUAGGUUGCAAUAAUUUUGAUAGGGUAUCAAAUAUAUGUUUAACCCUCUCAAGGUAGGUUUCAAACUUAUAUCAUUUCAAACACAUUAUUAUAUUUAUAUGUUUCAAAUUUCUUUGGGCUUUUUAACCAAUUUUGUUCAAUUGUGUCUAAAAGAAUAAUAUCAAACAUUGAAUACAUCCAAGGAGACUUAACAUAAAAAUUUGGUUCCUCAAAUCAUAAUUAUUGGAUUUAUCAAUUUGGUAUUCCUGGGUUAGUUUUAUUAGGAUUUUUAAUUCCAUUUGCUUUAUUUUUGUUUAUGUUUAUAACAAAAAAAAGUUUCAAUAAGAUUUAAUUUAGAAGACAUAUUUGUUAUUUAUUCGAUGAAUAUAAUGAACAAAAUUACUUUUGGGAAUACAUCAAAUUUUCCAAAAAGAUCAGCAUAAUCCUUAUAAUGACUUAUUUCGAAUCUAAUAUUCUGCUCAAGGCGACUUUGCUAGGAUUAUUUUUAUUAAUAUAUUAAAUAUUAGCAGGAAGGUAACAACCUUACAAUCUAUCAAAAUUAAAUAAUUUAGAUCUCUAAGCAGCCUAAAUUUGCUCUAUUGCUAUUUUUGUCGCAAUUGCUAAAUACGUUAGUGAAUAGUAAGUUUAGAAUGCAUCUUCUCAAAUUUUGUAAGUAUUUAUUAUGCUUCUUUGUAUUAAACUUUGUUAUUAGUUUAUUUUAGACAUAUUUAAAGCUUAUGUUAAGAAAUAUCAGGUAUUAUUCGUAACUGUGCUAUAUGAUUUUUUGAAAUCGAUUAAACCAAAAUCGAAAUAAGUAAUCUAUCUUGGCCAUUUACUUAUAUAAUGGAGGAUAAAAGAAAAAAGAGUUCAAUAAAAUUUUUCAAUUUUAAAAGCAUAUUUAUUAAAAAUAGCAAAUACUUAAAUCAAAACUCAAAAGUAAUAUUAUCAAUAAUAUAGAUUAUUUUGCAAUGAAAUUCCCAAAUAAAAUCUGGCAUCAUUAACUAGAUAACAAGAAUAAAUAUAAAUUAAAGCUAAAAUCUUUUUAACUUUAGAGAAUUGA